AUGCGUGAGGCAAUCUGCAUUCACAUUGGCCAAGGAGGUGUUCAGAUCGGCAACGCGUGCUGGGAGUUGUUCUGCUUGGAACAUGGCAUCCAACCAGAUGGUCAGAUGCCUUCUGACAAGACUAUCGGCGGCGGUGAUGAUGCUUUCAACACGUUCUUCUCUGAGACAGGUGCCGGAAAACACGUGCCUCGCUGCGUGAUGGUGGAUUUGGAGCCUACGGUGGUUGAUGAAGUGCGAACGGGCACUUAUCGCCAGCUUUUCCAUCCUGAACAAUUGAUUUCCGGAAAAGAAGACGCAGCAAACAAUUUUGCUCGCGGACACUACACCAUCGGGAAGGAAAUUGUCGACCUCGUGUUGGACAGGAUUCGUAAGCUCGCAGACAACUGCACAGGAUUGCAGGGUUUCUGUGUCUACAACGCUUGCGGCGGCGGCACUGGUUCCGGCCUGGGUUGCUUGAUGUUGGAGCGUUUGUCUGUGGACUACGGCAAGAAGAGCAAGAUCUCUUUCACUGUGUGGUGCUGCCCACAGGUGGCCACUGCCGUGGUGGAGCCAUAUAACACCGUGUUGUGCGUUCACUCCCUGCUGGAGCACACCGAUGUGACCAUCAUGUAUGACAACGAGGCGCUUUACGACAUCUGCCGCAGGAACCUGGACAUCGAACGUCCGACCUACACCAACCUGAACCGACUGAUCGCCCAGAUCAUCUCCUCUCUGACAGCCUCCCUGCGUUUCGAUGGUGCGCUCAACGUGGAUAUCACCGAGUUCCAGACAAAUUUAGUCCCUUAUCCUCGAAUCCACUUCAUGCUCACAUCCUACGCCCCAGUGAUUUCUGCAGAGAAGGCGUACCAUGAGCAGCUGUCCGUGGCAGAGAUCACCAUGUCUGUCUUCGAGCCCGCUUCCAUGAUGGUGAAGUGCGAUCCUCGUCAUGGCAAGUACAUGGCCUGCUGCAUGAUGUACCGCGGAGACGUGGUGCCCAAGGAUGUGAAUGCGGCUGUGGCCACCAUCAAGACAAAGCGUACCAUUCAGUUCGUGGAUUGGUGCCCCACUGGCUUCAAGUGCGGCAUCAAUUAUCAGCCGCCCACUGUGGUACCAGGGGGUGACCUGGCCAAAGUCAUGCGCGCCUGCUGCAUGAUCUCGAACUCCACGGCUAUUGCGGAGGUUUUCUCGCGCAUUGACCACAAGUUCGACCUGAUGUAUUCAAAGAGGGCUUUCGUGCACCACUACGUGGGCGAGGGCAUGGAAGAGGGUGAGUUCUCUGAAGCUCGGGAAGAUCUUGCUGCUUUGGAGAAGGACUACGAAGAGGUGGGCAUCGAAACUGCCGAGGGCGAAGUCCUCGCCUUGGUAGCCGACUUCGUGGGCGUCCGUCGGCGGGGCCUUGACAGCGACCACGGCGUUUCGUACGCCGGCACUGCUUUGGGAGACACGGUUCUAGCAAAGCAGAUAGGCUUUUUGGCUGGCUUGGAAGGUUUGUCGGCGGAGGCUGACACAGCUGACCAGGAACGGGAGGGCAAGGAUGACGCUCUCUACUGUGUUCAGAUCGGCAACGCGUGCUGGGAGUUGUUCUGCUUGGAACAUGGCAUCCAACCAGAUGGUCAGAUGCCUUCUGACAAGACUAUCGGCGGCGGUGAUGAUGCUUUCAACACGUUCUUCUCUGAGACAGGUGCCGGAAAACACGUGCCUCGCUGCGUGAUGGUGGAUUUGGAGCCUACGGUGGUUGAUGAAGUGCGAACGGGCACUUAUCGCCAGCUUUUCCAUCCUGAACAAUUGAUUUCCGGAAAAGAAGACGCAGCAAACAAUUUUGCUCGCGGCCACUACACCAUCGGGAAGGAAAUUGUCGACCUCGUGUUGGACAGGAUUCGUAAGCUCGCAGACAACUGCACAGGAUUGCAGGGUUUCUGUGUCUACAACGCGUGCGGCGGCGGCACUGGUUCCGGCCUGGGUUGCUUGAUGUUGGAGCGUUUGUCUGUGGACUACGGCAAGAAGAGCAAGAUCUCUUUCACUGUGUGGUGCUGCCCACAGGUGGCCACUGCCGUGGUGGAGCCAUAUAACACCGUGUUGUGCGUUCACUCCCUGCUGGAGCACACCGAUGUGACCAUCAUGUAUGACAACGAGGCGCUUUACGACAUCUGCCGCAGGAACCUGGACAUCGAACGUCCGACCUACACCAACCUGAACCGACUGAUCGCCCAGAUCAUCUCCUCUCUGACAGCCUCCCUGCGUUUCGAUGGUGCGCUCAACGUGGAUAUCACCGAGUUCCAGACAAAUUUAGUCCCUUAUCCUCGAAUCCACUUCAUGCUCACAUCCUACGCCCCAGUGAUUUCUGCAGAGAAGGCGUACCAUGAGCAGCUGUCUGUGGCAGAGAUCACCAUGUCUGUCUUCGAGCCCGCUUCCAUGAUGGUGAAGUGCGAUCCUCGUCAUGGCAAGUACAUGGCCUGCUGCAUGAUGUACCGCGGAGACGUGGUGCCCAAGGAUGUGAAUGCGGCUGUGGCCACCAUCAAGACAAAGCGUACCAUUCAGUUCGUGGAUUGGUGCCCCACUGGCUUCAAGUGCGGCAUCAAUUAUCAGCCGCCCACUGUGGUACCAGGGGGUGACCUGGCCAAAGUCAUGCGCGCCUGCUGCAUGAUCUCGAACUCCACGGCUAUUGCGGAGGUUUUCUCGCGCAUUGACCACAAGUUCGACCUGAUGUAUUCAAAGAGGGCUUUCGUGCACCACUACGUGGGCGAGGGCAUGGAAGAGGGUGAGUUCUCUGAAGCUCGGGAAGAUCUUGCUGCUUUGGAGAAGGACUACGAAGAGGUGGGCAUCGAAACUGCCGAGGGCGAAGGCGAAGAGGAAGGAUACGGUGCAAUCUGCAUUCACAUUGGCCAAGGAGGUGUGCAGAUCGGCAAUGCUUGCUGGGAGUUGUUCUGCUUGGAACACGGCAUCCAGCCAGAUGGUCAGAUGCCUUCUGACAAGACUAUUGGUGGCGGUGAUGACGCCUUCAACACGUUCUUUUCUGAGACUGGUGCCGGAAAACAUGUACCUCGAUGCGUGAUGGUGGAUUUGGAACCUACGGUGGUUGAUGAAGUGCGAACGGGCACUUACCGCCAGCUUUUCCAUCCUGAACAACUGAUUUCCGGAAAAGAAGAUGCAGCAAACAAUUUUGCUCGCGGACACUACACCAUCGGGAAGGAAAUUGUCGACCUCGUGUUGGACAGGAUUCGUAAGCUCGCAGACAACUGCACAGGAUUGCAGGGUUUCUGUGUCUACAAUGCUUGCGGCGGCGGCACUGGUUCCGGCCUGGGUUGCUUGAUGUUGGAGCGCUUGUCUGUGGACUACGGCAAGAAGAGCAAGAUCUCUUUCACCGUGUGGUGCUGCCCACAGGUGGCCACUGCCGUGGUAGAGCCAUAUAACACCGUGUUGUGCGUCCAUUCUUUGCUGGAACACACCGAUGUGACCAUCAUGUAUGACAACGAGGCGCUUUACGACAUCUGCCGCAGGAACCUGGACAUCGAACGUCCGACCUACACCAACCUGAACCGACUGAUCGCCCAGAUCAUCUCCUCUCUGACAGCCUCCCUGCGUUUCGAUGGUGCGCUCAACGUGGACAUCACCGAGUUCCAGACAAAUUUAGUCCCUUAUCCUCGAAUUCACUUCAUGCUCACAUCCUACGCCCCAGUGAUUUCUGCGGAGAAGGCGUACCAUGAGCAGCUGUCCGUGGCAGAGAUCACCAUGUCGGUCUUCGAGCCCGCUUCCAUGAUGGUGAAGUGCGAUCCUCGUCAUGGCAAGUACAUGGCCUGCUGCAUGAUGUACCGCGGAGACGUGGUGCCCAAGGAUGUGAAUGCGGCCGUGGCCACCAUCAAGACCAAGCGUACCAUUCAGUUCGUGGAUUGGUGCCCCACUGGCUUCAAGUGUGGCAUCAAUUAUCAGCCGCCCACUGUGGUACCAGGGGGUGACCUGGCCAAAGUCAUGCGCGCCUGCUGCAUGAUCUCGAACUCCACGGCUAUUGCGGAGGUUUUCUCGCGCAUUGACCACAAGUUCGACCUGAUGUACUCAAAACGUGCUUUCGUCCACCACUAUGUCGGCGAGGGUAUGGAAGAGGGUGAGUUCUCUGAAGCUCGGGAAGAUCUUGCCGCGUUGGAAAAGGACUACGAAGAGGUCGGCAUCGAGACGGCGGAGGGCGAAGGUGAAGAGGAAGGAUAUGGAGACGAAUUCUGA